AUGGAGUCAAAGAGUCGUGAGUGGAUGCAGUGCAAAAAAAAUGACCCUAGGUAUAAGAUUGGUGUGAAACAAUUUAUAGAAUUUGCUUUUUCACAAAAAAAUGUCAAAGAUGUGGUGCCUUGUCCAUGUGUGAAAUGCAACAACGAAAGGAGAAAAUGUAGAGAUGAAAUAGAGUUGGAUUUGCUUAAAUUUGGAAUUGUUAAGAGUUAUACACGCUGGUUGCGGCAUGGGGAAAGCAUCAUUGAUCAGACAACUCAUAACAAUAUCAUAAACGAGUCAAAUGAAUUCCAGGAGCAUGAGCAUGAUGAAAUGUUAGAUAUGCUACAUGAGGCAUUUGGAGUACCGAUAGAAAAUUAUGUUGAGGGAGAGAGAAAUAAAGUGAGUGAAGGUGGAGAUCCUAAAGAUGCAGCAGAAGCUUUUUACAAAUUGAUGGGUGAUCUUGAGUUGGAGCUAUAUCCUGGGUGUAAGCAAUUCUCUAAGUUGUCCUUCUUAGUUAAGUUAUUUCACAUAAAGUGCUUAACUGGAAUAUCCGACAAAAGUUUGGAAAUGGUUCUUAACCUAUUCAAAGAAGCAUUACCUAAGGAUAACACUUUGCCGGAAUCUUAUUAUGAAGCUGAAAAGAUCAUAAAGAACUUGUCGCUUAAGUCCAUUAAGAUUGACGCAUGUCCUAAUAACUGCAUCUUAUUUUGGAAGGAGCAUGCCGAUGCAAAUGAAUGUGUAAAGUGUCAUUCUUCUAGAUGGAAAAAGAAUGAACCAAGUAGCGAAUCUUCUACCUCACAAUCUAAGCCUAAGAAGAUUCCUAGCAAGACAAUGCGUUAUUUUCCGUUGAUCCCUAGGCUUCAAAGAAUUUUCAUGUCAACCAAAACCGCUGCAAGUAUGAGAUGGCAUAGCGAUGAACGUGUUGAUGAUCCUGAUGGAGUAAUGAGACAUCCAGCGGACUCCAAAGCUUGGAAAUCGUUUGAUGAACAAUAUCCAACAUUUGCCUCCGAGCCUCGAAAUGUUCGCUUCGGUUUAGCAAGUGAUGGGUUUAGCCCCUUUAGAAAUGGACAUAUUCCCCACAGUACAUGGCCGGUAGUUCUUAUCCCGUAUAAUUUGCCUCCAUGGCUUUGCAUGAAGCAACAAUCUUUCAUUCUCUCUAUGCUUAUCCCAGGUCCUAAGGGGCCCAAAGAUAAAAUUGAUGUUUACUUGCAACCUCUAAUAGAGGAGUUGAAGUUGCUUUGGGAAGUUGGUGUUGAAACAUACGAUGCCUCAAAAAAAGAGAAUUUUAGAAUGUUUGCUUCUUUGCUGUGGACUAUAAGUGAUUAUCCUGCAUAUGGUGAUCUAUCUGGUUGGAGUACUGGCGGAGCUGUUGGUUGUCCUUCUUGUAACAGUGAUACUUGUUCUAGGUGGUUGUCAAAUGGGGGAAAACAUUGUUAUAUGGGUCAUCGUAGAUUUUUACCUAUGAGUCAUAUGUGGAGGUAUGAUGGAAGUACUUUUGAUGGGAAGCAAGAGUUGAGACCAAAACCUAAGCAGUUAUCUGGUGAGGAACUGCUACAACAGUCUUUUGAUACGCCAUAA